AUGACUGAUACACCUUUUUCCCCUUCCGGUGGAGCUCCUCGAGCUCCUCUCACCACCACAUAUUCGGCACCGAGCAUCUCCUCUUUUCCCCGUCGCUCUUCUUAUGCCUCUGUCCUCUCAGGAACAGCCGGACUCUCGUCUUCACAAACUAGCACAACCUUGUCGCAGUUGAACUCCACCUCGUCUUAUCCCCCACCGUCCUACCCCGAAACCCGCCCCCAGAGGCAUUCGGCCGCCGUGGAUGCAGAAAUGCAGAUGAACUCCUCCUGGAGGUUAUCCCCAGGGGAUUCGCUUCCUCCGUACUCCCGGAAAUUUGCCAGCUUUCCGGCCUACGAUCCCUUUUUCCAAAAUGUCGGUCCCUUCUCCGAAACGCCUCCCUCCUUCACACCCUCCUACCUCCGCAACUCUCGAUACAUAUCCCGCCUCGAUGCCGCCCGUCGCGGAAAGCCGGCAUCCCAACGAGACGCAGCUUCGACUUCUUCGGGCCAGGGCAGUUUGCCUCGGAUUGCGCCUUCAUACCGAGGAAUGACGUAUGAUCUCAUCGACAGGGAACCCAUUAGCGAAGAGGAUGACCAGCCGAUGCCGCUUCCGUCCCGAUGGAGCGAUUUAGAUAAAUACCCUGGAUUAGAACUUCCAAAUGAUGGCUUGGAGAUCCGGUACACCGGACCUGUUCAUAAACAGGAGCAUGAAGCUGCCUCCGUCCGGGCCGAUCACCCUAUGCCUCCACAAUGCGGAAUUUAUUACUACGAGAUCACAAUACAUUCCAAACCGAAGGAGGGGAUGAUUGGAAUAGGGUUUUCGAAUAACAAAGCGUCGGUCGAGCGGCUUCCCGGCUGGGAACACGAAUCGUGGGCAUACCAUGGUGACGAUGGCAAGUCAUUCUUGGGCGAGAAUCAAGGACAAGGGCGACAAUAUGGGCCAACAUUUGGAGUCAACGACACCGUGGGAUGUGGUGUGAACUUUUCCACCGGUUGUGCCUUCUUUACGAAAAAUGGGGUCUUUCUAGGUAUCGCAUUCCGGGAACUGCGAAACUUGAAAGUCUAUCCGUCUGUAGGGGUAAAGAAAAACCCGCCAGUGCAUAUAUCUGUCAAUUUCGGUCAGCAGCCUUUUAUGUAUGAUAUUGAUGGGAUGGUCAAGAAAGAAAAGGCUGCAAUCCACUCAGAGAUUAGCUUGACGAGCAUCGCUAACAUUCAACCAUCGCUGGACGAGACUUCCUUCCUUCAGGAAUUAGUUGCACAGUUUUUGGCCCACGACGGCUAUGUAGAGACUGCCCGGGCGUUUGCAGAAGAGGUUGCUGCCGAAUCUGCAGCCUUAGAGAAUGGGCGUGAGACACAGCUCAAGAAGUACGAAGUAGAAGAGGACGUUGAAGCAAUCAACCGGCAGAAAAUCCGAGCUGCCAUUCUUGACGGUGACAUCGAUAAAGCUCUCAAAUACACAAAUGCCUACUAUGCCAAUGUUCUGCAACAGUACCCUCAUAUACAUUUCAAAUUACGAUGCCGCAAAUUCUUAGAGAUGAUGCGGCGCUCCACUGAACUAUCGCCAUCCGCAAAGAAGGGAAAGGCUACGAAUGGGUUCUCCGAGAGUGCUGUAUUCGACGGAGAGAUGGAGCUUGAUGAUCAAGGGCAAGAUCGUGAUAACUGGGAGGUCGAUGGCAUGGACAUGGAAGAAACAGAGACGGCCAAGUCCAAUCAGCUCCUUACCGAGGCAGUGCAGUAUGGGCAGCAGCUCCGAAUGGAUUAUCUGAAUGAUGAGAGCGGGGGCGACAAGAAGAUGCUGGAUGACAUUUUCUCCCUAGUGUGCUAUUCAGACCCUAAGCGGUCGGUACAUGGCCACUACCUGGACCCGUCCGGGCGUGUAACUGUUGCGGAAGAGUUAAACUCGGCCAUCUUAGUGUCACUUGGAAAGUCAUCAGCAGCAGCUCUAGAGCGGCUGUACCAACAAACGGAAGUAUUGGUCAAUGAGAUAAGUGAAGAAGGAGGCGCUGGGGCGUUUAUUAAUCUUGGACGCCUCCAUGCAGAGGGGCACAUUCCUACCCACUCUUCAACCAGUCGGGCAGACCUCCACUGCUGCUGUGGCCGGGAGGAGUGCGCAUUCCUCCGAAAUAACCACGACGCCCUUGAAGGAUUGGAAAAGGACCUCAAGACCGCCGCGCGGUUAGGUCAGGCUUUACUUCAUCGCCAUGAAUCUUACAUGGCAGAGGCGGAAGAAGACCGCCGCAAGUUGCACAACAAUAUCGAAACGCUAGAGCGCGAAAAGCGCGAGGUUGAGGCUGAGAAUUCUCGUAUUGUCGAAGAGAACCGCAACCUACUCGACGAGCUGGAGGGCCUAAACAAGGCCGUUGCCGACUCGGACUCUUAUGCCAAAACACUGGUCACAGCGCUUGAGAGUAGCGAGGCAGAACUGCGCUGUUUGACAGCGUCGGCUGCCCGCGCAGCUGACCUUGAGGCGCAGUUGGCUCGUAUGGAGACCGAGCAGUCUAAGUUGCAAGAGAGCUUAUCGGCGGUCCAGGAAGACGAGAAGUCGGCGGUGCACCGGUGGAAGAAGGCGGAGUGCACCCUUCGAGAUUUGAACGACCAGGUUGAUCGAAUGGAAAAGGAAGCCAGUGAGGAGCGCGAGCGACAUGCUGAGUUGGUGCAGCGCAUGGAGAGACGACGCACAGUUGAGCGAGAGCUUGAUGGCGCCGCUGGUCGACUGAAGGGAGCGGCGGCUGCUCAGAACAUGAGUCGGACUGGUGGUACGAGCGUGGUCUCCCGCUUUGUGAAGGACAUCCUUCAGGAUAAUGCGAAUUUGCAGAUGGGGAUCGUGGAGCUGCGAGAGAUGCUUGAGAGCUCCAAUCAGGAAGUUCAGAACUUGCGGGAUCAAAUUGUGUCACACCAGCCUGUCGCAACGGCAGCAGAGGGUGACCGGCCGGUGACAACGUUAAGCCAGGAAUUGGAUUCUAACGAGUCACGUCGUGUGUCGCAAGAGUUUCACAUCCACCACUACUAUCAUACCCCGCCGGCCGCGAAGAAAGACAAAAAGGAGAAAAGCACUCUUUUUCGUCGGCCCAAGAAGCGCCGUUCCUUGGGCAAUCCGCCUCUGCAAGUUACCUCAAAUUCACAGUCGUCCCGAAAAGCCAAGCAUCGAUCCCAACCUUCUACAUCUUCUGCCUCAACGAUUCUAUCACAGACAUCAGUUUCGAUUCCUCCGCCUAGGUCGCACCGUUGGUCGUUGCAAUCUUCUGUUCCUCCUGAUUCCAUGGCCAGCUCGCCUCAGUCGGCUUAUCGAUCGUCUAUGUCUAUCUUUGAUCGCGUGGAGCGUGGAUUUGAUACGUCGCAGCCUACCAGCCCUGACAGUGCCAUCUUCACUUCACCAUUGAGAAAUGGUCGCUUCAAGGGUGGCGGUGGGCCUUCAGACGCCUACCGCGCGUUGGACGGGCAUGAAGGUGGGCCUAUGAGUGAUGAUGAAUUCAGCGAGUUCCAACUGCAGUCAGUGAUCCCCGAGGAAGGAGAGGAUUCAGGGUCAAUAUCUCGACCGCAAACACCUGUCGCGGAUGAUGAUAUCUUUUCGACAUCCACGCCAUAUCGAAAGCUCCGAAGAGCCGCGUCACAGGAGAGCCUGUUUUCAGUCGCAGGCAUGGACAUUCAUACCCCUAGCCAUCGUCCGUCUCGCAUGAGCGACUCCACGCCUGGUGCUCUACCGCUACGAGUACAACGCCGGAUCAUGUCAUCCGACCUGUCCUCAACACCACCCACGACCUCAACAAGCACUAUCACUGCAGGAAGGGAGCCCGCCAAACCAUCACCUUCCCAGCAAUCACCACAAUCCCUCCUGGCUUCCGUAGCUGGGCCCCGUCAAUCUCAAUCCCCAGCCGAAAGCCCGUCCCCUUCAUCGCUCGACGACUCCUCCAUCACCCCAACCCGGAUCCUCUCGCUUGGGAGUCGCGUCGGCGGCUGGGUCCGUGGCCGUUGGGGUACCGUUCCCGUGCCGUCACGUCGUAGCCUUAAGCCACUCACAGAGGAACCGUCACCAACCCAAUCCUGCGCCUCCUCCACACAUUCCUCUGAACAUCAGCAAACCCCAUCCGUUCAAGCUUCAACCGCUCCUCAGAAACGACCACACCUCCGGUUCCGCUAUCCUGGAAUUAACCAGAAGGGUCCAAUCAUGGGGUUCCGCCCUCCACCUCCCCCGCCUGUCUCGAUUCAUGCUGAGCAGCUGGAUGAGGGUUUGCUUCGUGAGAGUUUAGCCGAAUAG